CUCCUUCCUCUCGCCAUUAACACCUGAAACCAUAAUAGAUAAUGAGAUAAUAAUAAGAGAUGAAAAUGGUGGGACUAAGUAUUGUUUUGGAGUCUAGUAACAACAACACUCUUAGCGACGGCUUUGCUAGUCCCAAACCGUUUCAAGUCGUUAACAAAUCCACCGUCAUGGUCACCGCCGUCGCCUCUGAUCUCCGCCGUGGUAAGGAUUCUGGGUUUCUCGAACAUUGUUUUCUCUGUAGAAGGAAACUUCUUCCAGCGAAAGAUAUCUACAUGUAUAAAGGUGAUAGAGCGUUUUGUAGCGUGGAGUGUAGAUCGAAGCAGAUGAUCAUGGACGAAGAAGAAAGUUUUAGAAGAGAGAACUGUUCGUUCGUGGAUGUGGAAAAGGAGAAGAUUGAGUCUCAUCCGGUGACGGAGACGUCUUCAGGCGGUGGUCAUCACCGUCGUGAUCCGAGAAAGUAAGCAGGCGGUUUUUGAGAGAGCAUCGCAAACUGAAAAGUGUUAUUUGACUUUUCCACCCUUGGACUAUUUUUGUCGUUUUGUUUUAGGAGAUGUAAAACCAAGAGGGUGUUUUCGGUAUUUUUCAUUAUCUAUGGGAGCCCCUAGUUUUAAUUUAUUUUUUCUUUCUGAUGAAGGUUACCUUUUGCCUACAUUAUCAACGUCUUGUCAUUUGUCACCAACUCUAUAGUUAAUGUGUGAUGGAACUUACUUAGAUUAAAGAGUUUAUUUGGUUUGUUUCAACCAUGCAACUUUAUU